AUGAACCUUAAUACAGUACUGACUCCAACUGACAAGAAUAUCAAAGGGACCUCUGUUGCUAUACUAAAAUUUCCUGAUGCAGGAUAUUAUACCUAUAAAUUAACAGUUCAAGGAACAGUUGUGAAAGAUCCAACUCUGACCUUUACUGAAACCUGCACUAUCAAGACAUUUCCAAGAGAACUAUCCUUGAAAGCAAAAAUUACAAGUAUUUCAUAUAGAGAUGCCAUUGUUGGUAUAACCAGUGAAGACCCUGAUGCUGUACCAGCUGAGAAGGAGGAAUGGAAAUAUUCAUGUUUGACUGGAAAUGGUGAUGUUUGUGGUGAUACUGUUGACACAAUGUUGUCCAAAAUGAAUUCCCAACAAUCAGAGAUAUCAUUCCAAAGAACAAUGUUCAACCAAACUUUUGUUAACACCAACACCAAAUUUUACAUUUCAAUCCAAUACUCAAAAGGAAUUAGAGUUGCCAAAUCACAAGUUAUAGUUCAGUUUUCUAAUGCUCCAAAUAUAAUUCCCCCAAUUUUAACAAACAUUUACAGACCAACUAAAAAACUAAGCCCAGGAGAUCGUAUCGACAUUGUAAAUCAGGUAUCUAUUGGACAGAAAAAGGUGGCAUGUGCAAUUUAUGAUUCUUGGGGAAAAACUUUCAAUAUGAAUUGGUAUCUAGAUGGUGAACAACGGGCUCGAUGUGAGAGUAUUAGUGCAACUGCAGAAGAAGGGAAAACAUAUAAUUUUGAGUUUAGAUUUGUUGAUAAUAAUAUAGAAUAUGUGGAUAUUACAACAGUGGUAGUGAAUAGAGCUCCAUCAUGUACUUGUAUUGUGACUCCAACGACAGGGUUUGCUAUGGAUACCAUGAUUACUAUGACAUGUCCUAACUGUCAAAAUGAAGAACAAUCUUUAGAGAUAUCGUUUGGUUUUAUGGAUUGGAAUUCAUUCCAAACUCCUUUCCCGCUAGGUUGCGAUCCUGAUUUAUUCUUGAGUAAUGAAGCUCAGGCUUUCAUUAAGAUAACGGACUUGAAUACUGAUAUAAGCACAACUAAACAGUUUAAAAUACAACUACACAAUCCAGUGGCUGAAACUCUCGCUGACAUGUCAAAUUUGGUUGACUUGUGGAAAAGAAAGAGAGAGUCACUUCCUGUAGGUGAUAGUCGCAGAAAUGUUUUCAGUAGUGCCUAUAUAAGCAGAGCAGUUAAGGCUAUACUGAAAGUUAUGGAUCCAGCAGCUCAAUUAACUAGAUCAAUAGGAAGUAGAAGACUUAGAACGUUGGAAUGCAAUGGACAUGGUACAUUGAUAAACGGAACUUGUGUAUGCAAUAGUGGGUACUACACAAAUGAUUGUAAAUACAAUGCAGCUGACUUGGCAGCCAUUAGAACAAUGAAGCAAAACUUGUUCGAUGAUUUCAUUCAAAGUCAACUUGAAAGAAACAGUACUUUUGACCCAAUUUCUGAAGCUAUCCUUACAAGCUCUGUCUCUGGUAUUGAUUCAUUCUUGGCGGAUUUGAACUAUUUGACUAACUCUACUUUUGAGAGUUGUGUUUAUUUGUUUGCAUCUGUAUGGGAUGAGGCAAUAUCUGAUCCAGAGUUGACAAUCUCACAAGAAGUUGCACAAUCAAGCGUUACCAUUUUGGAACGUAUUUAUCAGUCCUCUUUUAAAACUGUGGCACACAAAACAAUUAUUGAUUCAUACUUUAAAAAGAUUAGCCAAAUUAGAUUGAGAACUAAUAACAUUGGAGAAAAAUUAUCAUUCUCCAAUGUUACAUUUACUGAUUCCUUUUCAAUGAGAGAACUAUCUUCGAGUUUAGAUAAUACCACCAUUGUCUACUCUGAUAAACAACCAAAUUUACAAGUGAAAUUUGCCGAAUCAAUGGAUACCAAAUAUGAUCAGCAAAUGUUCAUAUUCUACACUUUCGGUUUAAUCCAAGAUUUGAGUAGUAUUAAUCAAACGAUUAGUAAUAUCAGUGGACCUGAAUAUACUAACACGAUGAUUUCACAAUCUGCCGUAUUUUUGAAAGUCUACAAUCAGAAAUCAAUUGCUGACUUGAAUGAUACCGAUACCUCAAUAGUGUAUCAGAUUCCACUUUCUGAAACGCUCCAAAAAACCAACUUCAAGCUUAGAAAAUUAGUUCCUUCCACAGAGUACACUUAUUCCUGUAUCUCACUGGAUGAAAUUGGAGAACAGCUCGACACUAAUGUAACUUGCUCCAUCUCAUUCAUUGUUGGAAAUGAUCAAUUAGUACAAUGCACAUGUUCAGAACCAACCACCGUUAUUGUUGUAAAGAGUUCAAGAAUAAUUUCAGUAGAUGAUGGAGUAAUAUAUUGUGAUGGAAUUCAAAGCUCUGAUUUGAAAUCUUGUAAUGGAAAUGGUAAUUGUACUGAUAAUGAAGUAUGUCAUUGUAGUCCAGGUUUUAAUGGAACCUAUUGCGAAUUUGAAAUUCCAAUUAACAAUUCAACUAUGGAUAAUUCCACAACUAGUGUUCAAAAUUCAACCAUUGAUAAUUCAACCACAGAUUCAAAUUCCACUUUUAACAAUACUACAGAUCCUGCUAGCAAUAAUACUAUAAUUUCUAAUUCAAUAAUUCUACCUUGGAACAAUUCUACCAUAGAAAAUAAUUCUACACUUGACAACUCUACUCAUGCUGAAAAUACUACCUGGUCAAAUAAUACUCAAGUAGAAAACAACACUCUGCAUUCAAAUGAUUCAUUGAAUUCCAGUAACAAUACAUCUGAAAAUUCAUCAAUUCCCCAAAUUCCAUUAGAAAUGGAUCUUAUUAUUAGCAAAUCAGUGGCAGAUUUUUGUGAUCAAAUCACAUUCAAUGCCAUUGUGAAAAACAAUAGGUAUACUAUUAAUUUCAUUUGGAGAAGCUCUGAAUCAAACUCAUAUCUGAAACAAUUACUUCAAUCAAUUAGUACUGAUUCUAUUUCAAUAGAAACUGGAUUGUUGGGAUCGGGUUCUUACAACAUUAGUGUGAGUAUUUCAGAAAGAACCCAACAAGUCACUCAAUCCAAGACUAUUUCUAUAAGGAAAGUUCAACCAAAAUUAUUCAUGGAUGACAUCACUUACGUUUCUAUUGGAUCUGAAGUUGAUGUCAUGCCAUCAAUCACUCUUCCACAUUGCUACCCUUAUUCCAAUUUGGUGUACAAGUAUGAAAUGAAUACAAAGGAAGAAUCUGUGGCAAAUAUUGACAAGAUAGUUUUUGACGAAACUUUGGAAAUUAAAUGUUCAAAAGGAGGAGAAAGUUGCAAUGAUAUUUCAACUCCAAUAACUCCAACCUAUUCAACCAUUCUUCAGGAAGGUGUUUACAACUUUACAGCCAUAUUCACCAAAGGAUCAAGAAGCUCAAUCAGUACCAUUAUUGUUACUGUCCAAAGUCCAAGCUUACCAAACAAUGCAUUUGUUUCCACAUUAUCAUUGUCUAACACUGAAGAUUUGAAUAAUGUUGAUCCAAACAAUGAUCUAAAAGUUAGCUUUAGAACAAGUGAAAAGUUAACCAAUCCAAAAUACACUUGGACUUCUGACCUUCCUAUCAGUGGAAAUAGUGCAAGUUAUCUCAUCAUUCCUAAAUCAUAUCUGGUAACAGGUGUUCAACAUAACAUUACUUUAGAUAUCAAAGAUGGAUCCAGAUAUUCCAAGACGACAAUCUAUUUCAUUGUUAAUUCACCACCUACUGUUGGAAGCUUUGCAAUCACUCCUCAAGAAGGAAGUGCACUUGAAACUGUAUUCACAUUAGAUGUACAAGAGGGAUGGUUAGAUUCAAAUUUACCACUCACUUUCAAAUUCUUCUACCUGGAUGAAUAUUCAAAUACUUGGAUUCCUCUCUCUGAAAGAACAGAGUCUAAUGUUUUGAGUGUUUCAUUACCUCCUGGUUAUGGAAAUUAUUCUACACUUAGAACUAAGGUUCAUGUAUAUGAUUCUAUGGGUGUAUAUUCAUAUAAGGAAAGUUAUGCAAUUGUUAGAAAGCCAAAUAUCAUUUCUGACUCGAUGAUUUCAACUCUUAAUGCUAUCAACUCGUCCACUUCAUCUCCUUCAGUGCUAUCCACUGCCCUGAAUGUUAUAAGUACAGUUAGUGACAAGACGGAAAAAGUUAUUGGCAUUACUAAUAGUUUGGUUUCUAAUUACGUAGAGAAUGCCAAUUUGGAAAAUAUCAAUUCUGAAAAAGCCCUCUCCACAAUCUCUAUCUAUUCAUAUAGUGCAUCUUGUUUACCAUAUUUGCAAGACUCGGUUACAUCUGCUCUGAUUUCAAAAUUAGAAAGUUUUACUGAGCUUAUUUCUGCAAACUCGUUUGAUUCAUUGGAUGAGCAAUACUUGGAUUCAAUCAAAUCUACAACUGACAAGUUAUAUGACAAGGUUUUGUCUAAAACAAAAAGAAGCUUAUCAACCAAGGAAUUGAUAGCUCUGGAAAAUGUCUAUGUAAACUUGGCAAGGGCCUAUGUCAAGAGUUCCUUACCAGAUAUGAAAGGAAAAUUAAUUACCUCAAACUCAAUUUCAACCUAUUCCAGAAAGAUCAACACUGCCUCUGCUAAGAGUUCAUUAAUUACCAGUGAAAUUGUAGACUCUAACAAUACUAUAUUAUCAUUAACUUCAAAUAUUGCUCAAAAACUUUCCCUUUCCUCUUUCACAAUAAUUGUCAAAUCACAAAGUUCUCUUGUGAACAAGAUUAUUUCCAAAGUAUUGACCGUCUCCAUACCAGAAGUACCAAAUGGAAUUAUUUCCAACUCUCCAAUAGGAUCCCUCCUCAUCAAACAUUCCACAGUAUCAUCAAAUAAUAUUUCGUGUGUUUGCUUCAACAGCAUUUCCAAUAGUUUUGAAAAGGAUGUUGGUUGUUGUCGAUUGACAACAGUUUCCUCUCGUUCCAUUUCGUCCACCUCAUCCAUUUACCUCUACAGAACUGCAAUAUUUGCACUGAGGGAUGAAAACCAUGGAACAAUCAUUACUGAAGAAUCUAUUCCAAUCAAACCAAAACCAACAAUAUCCGUUGGUAGUGGAAGUGGAGAUGGAGGAAAUCAUGUCAUUAAACCACCAAAGCAAACAAGAACCAACAAUAAUAAUCUAUUUGGAUUACUUUCACUUUUGGCCACUUUGUUUGUGGCAGUGGCCAUAAGUGUUGCAGUGAUUGUCCUCUGUGUGAGACAAAGAAAGUACAAGGCAAUGCAAAAUGCUGCUCCUGUUGAUCUUCCUAUGCGUUCCGAGAUCUGA